AUGAACAUCGCCGACUCGCCACUUUUCAGGGCCUAUGCCCGGCCGAUCCUCGACUCAAGACUUGAUCCGAGGCACCGUCGACAGAGAGCACGCUUCUCCCCGUUUGGCAUCAUGGACACAGUGAUGCAGUAUCUAUUGGACCGCGCGAGUCUCGAAGUUACCAAGAUCAAGAUCAGUGAUGCUUCUGAAAGCUCCUUCUGCCUUGCUAUCGAGAGCCGCCUUGUCGACUCUGGUGCCAUUUCCAGUAUCAUCGGCGCUAUGGACGUCGAACUUUCCUUCAAUGGUUUCAGCUUUGGCACGGUGGAGUUGCCUGAAGUCCAGACGAGCUUUUGGGGUACCAAAGUCCUAGUCAAAGAACAGCGCAUCGACAUUACCGAUAUGACAGCCUUUCGAACAUUCAUCCGAAGCCUCAUGCUCGACAGCGAUAGCAGUUUCCAGCUCGACAAUGGCUGGUGCACUGUUGGAGCCUUGGGCACCUCGUCGGGUUGCGAAAUGUGCCUCGAUAUCCCACUGCAGUGUAUGAACGGGCCGCAAAUGGAGCUCAAGAAGCUAUCACGCUCCAGUGAUAAUGGCAUUGUGGCGACCUUUCACCUAGAUAAUCCGAGUCCUGUGGAGAUCGAUCACGGUCACUGCAUCUUUGAGCUGCGCAACACCCGAGGCGAAACCAUGGCAGAGCUGAGGGGCGAUCUGAACAUUGUCCGGGGGCAGGCCGACUACACGCUGCAUGGCACGACGCGACCUGGGGUGGCACCAUCAGAUAUGGCCAGGCUGGUGGGAGUCGGUGUGGAGGGGAGAUCAUGGUGCAGCGAGACGAUCAAGGAGAUUGAUGUUAUCUUUGGGUUGAGACCGGAGUUUGUGGAGCUGCUCCAGCAUUGA